AUGAACACUGGACUAAAGUCUGUGUUCAUGCUCGGUGACAGCUACGUGGCUGACCUCAGCCCUAUGGCAGACGAUGUAUUUGAGGUUCCGUCUUACGAGUAUUUCCGCUUUUUACACAAGGCGAUGCAACACCAUCCCAAGCAUCCUAAACGCCGCCCGGGGCUGUCAACCGUGGCGCUCCGCGGACUUUCUCAGCCAGGAGUUGCAGCCCUCAGCAGUUCCACGGCUGAGCAAGGGCACCGACCGGGGCAGACCCCAAGGCGUGCCCCGCCGCCGGGCUCACCGUCCCGCGGGGGCUGCGGCCUCCGUGCCGAGGGAGUGCAGCCGGGUAACCGCGGGCCGUCCCGUCGUUUUUCUUCGCGGCGGCCGGGAGGAGAGCCCGGAGCGCCCCGCCGGCUCCGCCGCCCUGCCCGUUGGCGAGCCUCUGGGGGUGGGGGAGAUCCGCCGCCGGGGCGCGGUUGCCCGGGUGCCGUUGCCUCCCCCGCCCACCCCUCCGCGGGGCCGCAGCGAGCAGGAGGCGGCGGGGAGACAAAAGCGGACAAAGGAGGCAAAAGGCGUGUUCCGCUGCCGGGAUCGGCAGCGACCCCCCGGAGCUCCGUCACCGGCGUCGGCGGCGAGGAGAGGAGGAUGCGGGCGGCGGAGCGGGCGGCGCUGCCCCGCGGCGGACAGGCUGUCCGCGGGGCCCCGGCGGGCGGCUGCUGAGCGCGGCGCCGCGGGCAUGCGGCGACGGGGAGCGGGAGCCGCCGGCAGCGCGGGCGCCCCGGCGAGCGGGCGGCCCCUCGAGCGAGACUGAGGGUGGAUGGAGCCACAAAGGAGUUUGGCUGACACGUGCGGCGGGGCGGCCGGCGGCCGCGGCU